AAAGGGCCCGCGCGCCGGCGCUGCCGCAGUGCCGCCCGCUCCGUCCCGGCCGCGCACCUGCUCCGGCACGAUGAUGAGUUUCGGCGGCGCCGACGCGCUCCUGGGCGCCCCGUUCGGGCCGCUGCUGGGCGGCGGCGGCGGCGGCGGCCUGCACUUCGCGCUGGGCCGCAAGGGCGCGGCGCGCUCGGCCGCCGGCUCGUCCAGCGGCUUCCACUCGUGGGCGCGGACGUCCGCGAGCUCCGCGUCGGCCUCCGCCGGCCGCUUCCGCGCCGCGGCCGCCGCCUCCAGCACCGACUCGCUGGACACGCUGAGCAACGGGCCCGAGGGCUGCGCGGCGGCGGCGGCGGCGGCGCGCAGCGAGAAGGAGCAGCUGCAGGCGCUCAACGACCGCUUCGCCGUCUACAUCGACAAGGUGCUGCAGCUCGAGGCGCACAACCGCAGCCUGGAGGGCGAGGCGGCGGCGCUGCGGCAGCAGCAGGCGGGCCGCGCGGCCAUGGGCGAGCUGUACGAGCGCGAGGUGCGCGAGAUGCGCGGCGCCGUGCUGCGGCUGGGCGCGGCGCGCGGGCAGCUGCGCCUGGAGCAGGAGCACCUGCUGGAGGACAUCGCGCACGUGCGCCAGCGCCUGGACGACGAGGCCCGGCAGCGCGAGGAGGCCGAGGCGGCGGCGCGCGCGCUCGCCCGCUUCGCGCAGGAGGCCGAGGCGGCGCGCGCCGAGCUGCAGAAGAAGGCGCAGGCGCUGCAGGACGAGUGCGGCUACCUGCGGCGCCAGCACCAGGAGGAGGUGGGCGAGCUGCUCGGCCAGAUCCAGGGCUGCGGCGCGGCGCAGGCGCAGGCGCACGCCGAGGCGCGCGACGCCCUCAAGUGCGACGUGACGUCGGCGCUGCGCGAGAUCCGCGCGCAGCUCGAGGGCCACGCGGUGCAGAGCACGCUGCAGUCGGAGGAGUGGUUCCGAGUGCGGCUGGAUCGCCUGUCAGAGGCAGCCAAGGUGAACACGGAUGCCAUGCGCUCCGCGCAGGAGGAGAUCAUGGAGUAUCGGCGCCAGUUGCAGGCUCGGACCACAGAGCUGGAGGCGCUCAAAGGCACCAAGGACUCGCUGGAAAGGCAGCGCUCAGACCUGGAAGACAGGCACCAGGCAGACAUCGCCUCCUACCAGGAUGCCAUCCAGCAGCUGGACAGUGAGCUGAGGAGCACUAAGUGGGAGAUGGCGGCCCAACUCCGAGAGUACCAAGAUCUGCUCAAUGUCAAGAUGGCUCUGGACAUCGAGAUUGCUGCCUACAGGAAACUCUUGGAGGGUGAAGAGUGCCGGAUAGGCUUUGGUCCAAGUCCUUUCUCCCUUCCAGAAGGACUCCCCAAAAUCCCCUCCGCAACUACUCACAUAAAGGUCAAAAGUGAAGAGAUGAUCAAAGUGGUAGAAAAGUCAGAGAAGGAAACUGUGAUUGUGGAGGAACAGACAGAGGAGAUCCAGGUAACUGAAGAAGUGACUGAAGAAGAGGAGAAAGAGGCCAAAGAGGAAGAGGGGGAAGAGGAAGAAGGGGAAGAGGAGGAGGAAGCAGAAGGAGGAGAAGCCGAGAAAUCUCCCCCAGCAGAAGAGACUGAGCAGGAGGCCAAGUCCCCAGUAAAAGAAGAAGCCAAGUCCCCUGCUGGGGUGCAGUCCCCAGAGAAGGCCAAGUCACCAGAGGAGGAAGCAAAAUUGCCUCCUGAGGUGAGGACACCAGUGAAGGCUAAGUCCCCCAUGAAAGAAGAGGCAAAAUCGCCAGCUGCAAUCAAGUCCCCUGAAAAGGCCAAGUCCCCAGAGAAAGAAGAGGCCAAGUCCCCUGAGAAGGCCAAGUCCCCAGAGAAAGAAGAAGCCAAGUCCCCUGAGAAGGCCAAGUCCCCAGUGGAGGCCAAGUCCCCUGAGAAGGCCAAGUCCCCUGUGGAGGCCAAGUCCCCUGAGAAGGCCAAGUCCCCUGUGGAGGCCAAGGCUCCAGAGAAAGAAGAGGCCAAGUCCCCACUGGAAGUCAAGUCUCCUGAGAAGGCCAAGUCCCCCAUGGAGGUCAAAUCCCCAGUGAAGGCCAAGUCCCCAGAGAAAGAAGAGGCCAAGUCCCCUGAGAAGCCCAAGUCCCCACCAGAAGUCAAGUCCCCUGAAAAGAUCAAGACCCCAGAGAAAGAAGAGGCCAAGUCCCCUGAGAAGGCCAAGUCUCCUGUAGAGGCCAAGUCCCCUGAGAAGACCAAAUCCCCUGUGGAGGCUAAGUCCCCUGAGAAGGCCAAGUCCCCUAUAGAGGCCAAGUCCCCUGAGAAGACCAAAUCCCCUGUGGAGGCCAAGUCUCCUGAGAAGGCCAAGACCCCAGAGAAAGAAGAGGCCAAGACCCCUGAGAAGGCCAAAUCCCCUGUGGAGAUCAAGUCCCCUGAGAAGGCCAAGACCCCAGAGAAAGAAGAGGCCAAGUCCCCUGAGAAGGCCAAGUCCCCAAUGAAGGAGGAAGCCAAGUCCCCCAUAAAGGCCAAGACUCUUGAUGUGAAGUCUCCAGAAACUAAGACGGUAGUGAAGGAGGAAGUGAGGUCUCCUGCAGACAUUAAGUCCCCUGAGAAAGCCAAAAGCCCUGUCACAGAGGAGGUGAAAUCCCAAGAGAAGGCCAAAUCUCCAGAGAAGGAGGAGGCCAAGGCGCCUGAGAAGGAGGUCCCAAAGAAAGCAGAGGCCAAGUCCCCCACGAAGGAGGAGGAGGUGAAAGCCAAAGAACCCCCAAAGAAGGAAGAGAAAGCGCCAGCCGCACCAAAAACUGAGGAGAAGGAUGGUGCAAAAGCCGAGGGGCCCAAGAAGGAGGCUGCCAAGCCAGAGGGAGAGAAGAAGGAACCUGCUGGGGAACAGCCCCAAGAAGCCAAGGUGGAAGUCAAGAAGGAGGAGGCCCAAGAGAAGAAAAAGGCAGUGACUCCUGAGAAGGAGGCUCCCGCCAAGGCGAAAGAAGACGCCAAACCCAAGGAGAAGGCUGAGGAGGCCAAGAGGGAACCGGAAGACACCAAGGCCAAAGAGGUCAGCAAAGCGGCUGAGAAGGAGCCGGAAAAGCCAAAGCGGGAAGAGACACCAGUCACCUCAGGGCAAAAGGAGUCCAAGGAGGAGAAGGCCCCCGAGGCCAAGAAGCCUGAGGAGAAGCCCAAAACAGAGGCCCAAGGCAAGGAAGAGCCCAGCAAAGGCAAGACGGAAAAGGCCGAGAAAUCCUCCAGCACAGACCAGAGAGACAGCAGGCCCCCAGAGAAGGCCCCAGAAGACAAGGCCACGAAAGGGGAAAAGUAAGGCCGGGAGCAAGGCACAAGCAGAAUAGCCAAAGACACUCACGAGGGCCGAGAGUUCAAGGGUUGACGGAAUGAAUUUUCAUCUUUUUCUUCUUCCUCGUCGUCAAGUCAGGACAGAGUCUGCUUAGCUGAUGGGGCCCUCGCUCACCAAACAGGAAUUUCUAUUUUAGCAAUAUGUUAGCAAGAGAGGACAGCCCCCCUCCCCCACCUUACCCCUUA